UGCACAGUAAUUUCAUGUCAUUUUUUAAAGAAACACAAUUAUGUAGAAUUACAUUCUGAAGGUUAUAUAUUAUGUGUGUGGAAAUUCCAUUGGAGUACUGAAACCACAAAUUUGCAUAAGAUAUACAACAAUGUGGUUCUACUAAUCAUUCAACUGAGAUAAUUCCAUACUUACGGUAUUCGUGUACUGAUUUGGGAGAAAAUGGCAUUGCCUUAUCUUAUCGUUAAUUAAAUAGACAUUAAUCGGUGAUUUUGUGCAAGUCUCCUACGUACUAAAAACGUCGCCGUACUGAACAUAUGUAAUAAUAGAAUCUAAAACCAGAAGUGGGGAAGCCGGUCGAAAGCGGGUCAUUCCUCAGAAGUAAACAGUUUCGGUAGUCUCAUCUCAUGACAAAUAAAGGUUUAGGUCUAGCUACGGUUGAAUGAAAUCACCAAGAUAAGUAUUUAUGGAACCGGCCAUGCGCCAAAUUCCCUACCAUCUGAAUAAUUGAUAAUAUCAGUGCGUUUCAACUCGCUGCGGUAUUUCAAUGUCGGGGUUAAACAUCCUGCUUUUAUUGUCGUUAAUAACGUGCGCAUCAUGUCUGAAAAUUCUCGGCGUGUUUCCGUUUACGGGCCGAAGCCAUUUCUUGAUCUUCGAGCCGUUACUUAAGGAACUGAGUAGGAGAGGGCACGAAGUUACGGUGAUGAGCAGUUUUCCCUUACGAAAUCCUCCGCCUGGUUACACGGACGUGUACUUACCCGUUCAUCCCGGAGGAGAAGAUAUGGUUCAGUUAGUCGCCGGGUCACGGUGGGAUAAGUAUCGUUCGCCGAUUUCCUGUAAGGAGUCGACGAGGCAUCGUUGCGAAUUUCUUCUCGCGAGCGAGGAAUACCGCGAUUUUCUGCUCGUCGAUGGAAAAUAUGACAUUAUACUUUCCGAAUACUUCUUCUUUAACUGCCAUUUGACUCCCGUUGUGAAAAAGUUUAAAGUUCCCUACGUUUUGAUACAAACAACGCCGUUGAUGCCGUGGGCUAACCAAUGGGCGGGUAAUCCGGACAACCCGGCCUACAUCCCCAAUUGGGUCAUGGAUUACUCGCACAAACUGGGCUUUCUCGAGCGGCUUGAGAAUACUGCUGUAUGGGUCUUCGGCUUUCUCUACUAUAAUUACGUUAUGGUUGCGCAAGAGGUGCAAAUGUAUUUGAAGUAUGCUGGUGCAGAUUCUGAUUACCUCUACGAUAUGAUGAGGAAUACCAGCAUGUUCUUGGUUUACACGCACUUCGCGAUACAUGGCGCUAGACCGUUUGUACCUAAUGUGAUUGAAAUUAAUGGUAUGCACAUCGAAAGUCAGAAACGGCUGCCAGCGCACAUAGACAAAUGGAUCAACGAAUCAAAACACGGUGUGAUUUACUUCAGUCUGGGAUCAAUGAUCAAAGGACACACGUUUCCCGACGACAAGAAACAGAUGUUCAUUAACGCAUUUGGUCGUCUACCUCAACGCGUUCUGUGGAAAUGGGAGAACGAAACUAUGCCAGGGAAGACGGACAAUAUCAUGAUCGAAAAAUGGAUGCCCCAAUUCGAUAUUUUGUGCCACCCCAAUGUGAAAGCAUUCAUCGCACACGGCGGCAUGCUAGGAGUAACAGAGGCAGUCCAUUGUGGCGUCCCAAUGAUUAUCAUGCCACAAUUCGGCGAUCAAUUCACGAACGCAAAGGCUGUCGAAGCUAGUGGAGGCGGAACAAUCUUAGACUACAGAUAUUUGGACGAGGAGUCAAUUUAUAACGCUCUUACAACAGCUUUGGACCCAAAGUCCAAUAAGAAGGCGAAGGAGCUUUCGGCACGCUUUAAGGAUCGCCCUUUACCUCCGUUAGAAACGUCUAUUUAUUGGAUUGAGUAUGUUGCGAGGCACGGUGGAGCACCGCACUUGAGGACCGCGGCGGUCGGCAUGCCCUUAUAUCAGUACCUUCUCCUUGAUGUGAUCGCCUUUUUAGUCGUUAUUUUAUUUUCGUUUUUAUUUGUUGUGUAUUAUAUUAGCAGAGCGAUUUUAAGAAAGUUAUGUAGACGUAAGCAGUCGUCACAGAAAAAGAAGAAACAUUAAGUAGCCGCUUUAGCAAAUUGCGAAACUAGAAAACAAAUUGUAAUUGAUAACGUAAAUUAGUGAUUAGAUUAGUGAUAUUUUAAAGUGUUCUUCUUGCACAUUUUUUUACGUAACGUAUAAUGACAAUUUAAUCUUAGGAAUUAGGGAAUAAAAAGAAACCUAAAAAUGAGCACAGCACUUGAGGACUACGGCGGUCGGCAUGCCCUUCUCCUUGAUGUGAUCGCAUUUUUAACCGUCAUUUUAUUUUCGUUUAUAUUUGUUUUGUAUUAUAUUUGCAGAGCUAUUUCAAGAAAGUUAUGCAGAAAAAUUAGUCACUUUAUAUUGUAAAACUAGAGAACAAAUUGUAAUUGAUAAGGUAAAUACUAGACAGAUUAGUGAUAUUUUAAAAUGUUCGUCUUACACAUUUUUUCACAUAAUGUAUACUGACAGUUUAAUUUUAGGGAUUAGGGAAUAAAAAGAAUUCUUCCAUCUGUAA